AUGGUGUCCCUGGAACAACGACCCAAUUCGCUCUUUCUGCUACUACUUUCCUUGUCUUUCCUGCUCCUUUUGAUUACCUCUACCCAUGCCAAUUCUCUAAGUGUUGACGCCCUCGAUGCCUCAUCCUCCGCCAACGACCCAUACACAUGCUCCAAGGACAAACCAUGCAUAAAUGGGGCUUGCUGUGGCAGCAGUGGCCACUGUGGAUUCGAACCAGCAUACUGCGGCAAAGGCUGCAUGCACAACUGCAAUGCAACUGCCACUUGUGGCAAGUAUGCAAAGAAUCCCGGACAGGGCUGUCCUCUAAAUGUUUGUUGCUCCGAGUUUGGGUUCUGCGGGACUAGCAGUGAAUUUUGCGACAAGCGGUGUCAAUCCAACUGCGAACAGCCAAAACCAUCGGUCGAGAAAUCUGAUGUUCAGAAACGUGUCAUUGGAUACUGGGAGGCCUGGAAUAUGGACCAUAGCUGUGGAACCAUGGAGCCAGGUGAAAUCCCUGUUUAA